UGUAAGCUUUGCUGUGGAGUACGCUGUAUUUCCACCCAGCACCCGUGGAAUAGGACACUGUGUCUGAUCAGCUGACUUAACCAUAACAAGGUUAAAGAUGCCCACGCACGGAUGUUCAGUUUUCCUGUGCAUUGCAUUGUUGUCAUGUUGGAGAGAUUGCUGCGGUGGCAGGAUUUUAGUCGUACCUUUCGAGGGUAGCCACUGGAUCAAUAUGGACGUUAUGAUCAGAGCGCUCCACGCUCGAGGACACUCAGUUGACGUGAUUCGUGCCAACACUAGCUGGUACAUUAAGGACAACGCGCCUCACUACAACGCUAUCAGCGUAUCCAUCAGCAAAGGCGUUGACUAUGACUUUGUGAACACAUUCAUGGUGAAUAUUUUAGCUAUAGAGAGGGAACAAAUCCCCGUUCUGAAAUUUGCAAGUAAGCAGGCGAUAAUGUUCAAAGCAACAUUUGGUCUGCAUUCCAUCAUGAGCACAAUGGCUAGUAGUGUACUAAAAAAUGGCGAAUUAAUGACUCGUCUGAAAGAGGGUCAGUAUGACAUGCUUCUUACUGAUCCAGCAGGAGGAACGGGCAUCAUCUUAGCUCAUGCGCUACAGCUACCGUUAGUCUACAAUGUACGUUGGGUGACAAGCGGAGAGGGGCAUCAGUUCCUCGCACCGUCCCCUUUAUCUUACAUUCCCAUGACCGGAUCCGGACUGUCGGAUAAAAUGACUUUCUUUCAGAGAGUUAAGAAUUUUCUGUACUUCAUCCUUUGGAAUGCAGAGUAUGCAUUAUUAAUCCAACCCCUAUAUCAAGCUGUUUGCACUGAAUAUUUUGACCCAAAGGUUAAAUACGAUGACCUGGUACAAGCAGCGGAUCUGUGGCUCAUGAGAGCGGACUUUGUGUUUGAGUUCCCUCGCCCCCUCAUGCCCAAUAUCAUCCACGUAGGAGGAUUCCAAUGUCAACCCGCAGAGCCUCUACCGGACCACCUGGAGGAAUUUGUGCAAAGUUCUGGAGAAUAUGGAGUCAUCGUUAUGUCCCUUGGGACUUUUGUGAGCGAACUACCUUCUGACUUGACCGAUACGAUAGCGGCAGCUUUUGCUAAGCUACCUCAGAAGGUCAUAUGGAAAUUUCAAGGUACUAAACCUUCAACCCUGGGUUCGAAUACACUCCUGGUGGAUUGGAUUCCACAGAAGGACCUCCUCGGACAUCCAAAGAUGAAACUCUUUGUGGCUCAUUGCGGAACAAACGGCAUCCAGGAGGCUAUUUACCACGGAGUGCCCAUUGUUGGAAUACCCAUAUUUUUUGACCAGUAUGAUAACUUGAGGCGUCUUACAGAAAGAGGCGUAGCGGUGAUGGUCACACUUUCCUCAUUGGAUAAAGACAAUAACUUCCUAAACGCCUUGCAGGAAGUUCUUACAAAUCCAUCCUACAGAAUAAACAUGCAGAGACUCUCCAGACUGCACAGAGAUCAGCCCUUAACACCAAUGGACAGCGCCCUCUUCUGGAUAGAGUUUGUUAUGAGACACAAAGGCGCAGGUCACCUGAGGACGGAGUCCUAUAAGCUACCCUGGUACGCUUACUAUUCUGUGGACAUGGUCUUUACUUUCUUUUUAACUGUAGGAGUGAUGAUUGUUCUCCCAAUUGUGUUUUUCAGGACACGUGUCUUGAAAACCCGCACAAAAUGAACUUGUGUUAUUAUUACAACCAAGUACAUUGAAUUGUCUCUGCUGCCUCAUAGACAGAUAGAAGUAUAUUUGAACCCAUAACUCUUUCAUUUAUAAUUUCAGUAUUGUCCAUUUUUGACACAUUAGGGUCGCUAUAGAUCUUGUUGGAUAAACCAAAACUGAGUAACAACUACAAUGAUAAACAGUCAAACUUAUGGGGGAGUUGUAUGUUUAUAUGUAAAAAUUUUAUUCAUUCAUUUUCUACCGCUUAACCUCACAAGGGUUGUGGGGGUGCUGGAGCCUAUCCCAGCUGUCUUCAUUCGAGAGGCAGAUUACACCCUGGCCUGGUUGGCCAGCCAAUCACAGUGCACAUAUAGACAAACAACCAUUCAUACUCACAUUCAUACCUAUGGAUAAUUUGGAGUCGCUAAUUAACCUAGCAUGUUUUUUUUUAAAUGUGGGAGGAAACCGGAGUACCCGGAGAAAACCCACUCAUGCAUUUCACUUCAUCUCCAAGGCCUCUAACAUGUAAUGUAACUCUGAUGUACUCGUUCCUGAUCCUAUCCAUCCUGGUCACUCCCAAUGUGAACCUCAACAUCCGCAUCUCCAGUUCUACUUCCUGUCUUUUCUUCAUUGGCACUGUCUUUAGACCAUUCAUUAAUUCAUUCAUUUUCUACCGCUUAUCCUCACGAGGGUCGCGGGGGGUGCUGGAGCCUAUCCCCAAUCACAGGGCACAUCUAGACAAACAACCAUUCACACUCACAUUCAUACCUAUGGACAAUUUGGAGUCGCCAAUUAACCUAGCAUGUUUUUUUUGGAAACCGGAGUACCCGGAGAAAACCCACGCAUGCACGGGGAGAACAUGCAAACUCCACACAGAGAUAGCCGAGGGUGGGAUUGAACUCGGGUCUCCUAGCUGCGUGCUAACCACUCGACCGCCGUUGUAUAUUUUUCUAUGCUGCUUUACUACUAUUACAUUGUUAUCCAAUUGGCUGGGAAUUUGUCCGAUUAUUCUCGAUACUGAUAUUUAUCGUCUUGCUGUAAGUAUAAAAAUGAGAUAUCGGUGUAUCGUGUCUGAUUUUUUUUGUGAUCAUGAAAACCGAUAUUUCUGUAUGCAACACAGGCGAUAUGUCAUGUUAUAUAUAUAUCGGUAUCGGAAACUAAGACAUGGACAAUAUCGUUUUUUCUGCAAAAAAAAUCCAGUAUCGAACAUCUGUAAUGAUUUCAGAUGAAAGAGCAACAUUAUUUGCGAAUCCAU